AUGUGUCUUGGUGUGACCGGUGGCAGUAUCGAUCAGCAAUGCCGCACAGACUUUUGCGCGCCGAAAUAUGCGUGCGACAGCUUUAACCUCACCAGUUCGGUGGAAAGCGGACUUCUGUUCGAUACGGUGUCAGGGGUAGCAGGGAAGAAGGGGCCGAGUUUUGUUUGAUUUCGGGUGGAUGAGGUUGGGGUUUUGUUCGUUUUUCUCCAUCUAAGGUUCGUGCCUAGAGUUCAGCUGUAGCGUUUCAACCAAAGUUUUGUUGACUUAGAGGCAAACAUUCCUAGCUAUUGGGCAUCGAGUUAAUAUGGCUUGGCAUGACGGCCUUUACGAUCGACUUUUUAUGAAUGUCUGCAUUUAUCUGCAACAAAUUGUCGGAGGGCAAACAAGAUAA